AUCACACUAUCACGCCGCAUUCAAGUUGAUGGCGGGCACAAAGUUUGCAUACGUGCGCAAUUUCGAGCUCCCUGAUCCACUGUUACCGGACACCUAUCUGGUCUGUCGUCUCGAUGGCCACUCUUUCCACCGGUUCUCGGACGAGCAUGGCUUUUCCAAGCCCAACGAUGAGCGUGCGCUUCAACUCAUGGAUCACGCCGCAAAGAGCGCGAUGAUCGAGUUCAAAGACAUCAUGCUCGCAUUCGGUGAAUCCGACGAAUUCAGCUUUCUCUUCCGAAAGUCGACGAACCUUUAUAACCGACGACACUCAAAAAUACUCACUACUUUGACGUCUUACUUCACAUCAUGCUAUGUGCUUAACUGGUCGCAGUAUUUCCCAGACACGCCGCUACGAUAUCCACCGUCAUUCGACGGACGCAUUGUCGUGUAUCCGACUGAGCGUGCAAUUCGCGACUAUUUUUCAUGGCGACAAGCCGACACCCACAUAAACAAUUUAUACAAUACCACAUUUUGGGCUCUCAUACAGAAGGGAGGUCAGACCACUACGGAGGCCCAUGCCACGCUUAGGGGCACCGUUUCCGCGACUAAGCACGAGAUGCUUUUUUCCCGGUUCGGUAUCAACUAUAAUGAAAUAUCGCAGAGGUUCAAGAAGGGCAGCGUUAUAGUUCGAGAAAUCGUAGCCCCUGAAUCAUCGGACAAGGGAGAAUAUCUAGAACCCCCAACGCUUUUGACUCGCUCAGAGGUCAUUCAAGUACGCGACGAGACCCACGAGCACUCAGGAGCGUCUGGUCCACUGACAAACAUUCCCCCGCAUUCACAACCUACGAACGAAGAUAAUGAGACGCCACCAAUCAACCCUCCGCGUCAAAAACGCUCCAAAGCGAAGAAAAACAAACUGGAAACUACAGUAGAAGUACUGCAUUGCGGUAUCAUUGGCGAUGAAUUCUGGCUGGCUCGUCCGCAUUUACUGGAAAAUUAAUAGUGUCUGCACGACUCGGAGACUUGCCAUUGCCAUUGUCAACACUGGAGUCCGUUAAAAAGUAGCGGCAAUGACAAAAGUCACAAUACAGCUGCUUGAGAAACACGGACUGCGAGGUAGUAGGACUCCUACGAAAUGGCAUGAAGGGAGUUCAGGCGCAUUACAUGCAUCGCAGGUCUGUGGCUGCUCUCAGU